AUGAAGAGGAAUGUAAUUAACGCUAAAGACCUGUUUAGCACAAAUCCAGGAUCAUUGCUCCCUCAAAAAUUUAGCACGUGCUCAUUGGAUCAGUAUGACUCGGCUUUCAACUCUAGUGAGAAUUCACAGACCCAAGAUUUUUCUCAGGAUUUUGCUUCACAGAGUCUAAGUGGAUCUGGCCAAUCACAGCAGACUGAUGAUUAUCAACGCUAUAUGUCCAUGCCAUUACUGUUCUCCAACAACAGUAGAGAUAACAACACCAGCAAUCAGCAGAAUAAUGCAUCAUUGCCUAACAACGCUGGCCCAACACCCACACCCUUAUUCCGCCAGCAACUCGAAGCUAACAGGGCAAGAGCAAAGGAUAAAGAGUUCAGAGAGUUAUUCCGCGGGCUGACAGCAUGUAUGCGGGAGUGCACAGCCGAAGUGAAGACACUUGUGGAAAAAAUAGGUCAUGACGUCAAUGCAAAUGUGCCGGAUGAAACUUUACAAACAAAAGAGCUGUGUGAUAAAGUGCAAAAGACAAUAGAAGCGACGACAGAUCGAGUUGUUAAGGUUGUUCAGCUCAGUACAGCCGAUCACGAACAGUUAAAAGAACGAGAUGCCAUCAUUGCCAACAAGGAAACAGAGAUUGCAAAGCUGGAGAAAAUGCUGGAUAAAACACGAGAGGAGGCGCAGGAGAAGGUGAUAGCAGUGAUGAGGGAGGAGUACGCAGAGCAGCAGAGACUUAACCGGCAACAGAUACACGAGCAUUUCCUCGCCCAGCAGAAGCAAUCCCAGCUCCAGUGGAAGAUGCAGCAAGACCAACAGGAGCAGAUUGAGUUGCAGGGUAGCCACCAACAACAGCUCGUAGCUGCUCAACUGAAAAGCCAGAAGGAAGUGGAAGCUUACAUAAGCAAGACAUUGCAGGAGUACCAGGGGUGGCAGGAGAAGGUUGACAGCGAGAGAGGGCUAGCAAGCAGAGAGAUGCUCACAGAGAUGCAGGCCCAGCAGAGGAAGUAUUACGAAGCCCUGCUGAGGAAGCAGGUGUCCGUGCAGGAGGAGGCCAGGCACGAGGCUAGGAUCACAUGGCCACCACCACCACCACCACCACCACAGGAUAGCAUGCAGCGUUCUAGCGCGUGGUCUUGGGACGGGACGUGCGUGCCGACCUCCGACGCGAACCGAUGCGGCGACUCCGGAAAUCCGUUCUUCGUGCCGCAAGCUCGGGUGGCGACCUCUACGUUUUCGAGGAUCGACUCGGACUACUCGACACUUUACUCGGGAGACGCUCCCGCUCCGUCUUCCCGGAUGCCGACCACGGCCGCACUACACCCGGCACAGCCCGCGGGAAUGCUCCGCAGGGAUCUCAGCUUCCCGGGAGCCGUGGCGGCCGCUGCCGGCGCGGCGAUGUCGCAGGGAGCCAGGAUGCCGGUCGCCACGGUGAGGCCGUCGCCGGUAGCAACGGUCGCGCCGCAUCCGAAGAGCCCCGAGACGAAGCGAGCGAAGUCGGCCGACCGGUGGGAAGGGGAGCCGGACGACAGCUGGAUGUACUAUGAUCCACCUUGUACGCGAUCGAGAUCGCGGGAGCAGACACCGGGAAGUAAAGUAAAUUCUAUCCAGACGCAGGAGACUAACCAAAAGGAGUAUGUGGGCGAACUGAAGCCUUCUGCUGGAAGACAAUUGAGAAAAAUGCCAGAACGUACUGCGAAUGCAUGGAAGCAAUCAACCAACAGUAACAGGUCAAAAACCAAAAGUAAACCAAAGUCAAACACGAAAGACAGAAAGUUCAAGACGCCCGCCAAGAAAGCGAAUUUAAACCAACAGGUUGAGAGGGUCCUAAGAUCCAACAAACGUAGUAGUUGGGAAAUUGUGGGUCUGUGCAGUCCAUCGAUACAAGAAAACACAGACAACCUAUUCAGUAGCCCUGGCAACCAAUCCAUAAGCAGUGACGCAUCAUCUCCAGGGUUGACUCUCCAGGACAUGAGUACAGUAGUCAAGCAGAUGAGAAGGCAGAAGAUGACUAGAGCUGCAUACAUGCCAAUGAUGUCACCAGCUCUGCAAGACCACGACUAUGUUAACCUAGAUACAUCGACCACAGAAGAAUUUGGCAAGUCAAAAACACACAACUCCAAAAAGAACGUUGCCAAGGAAAUGUUGUCAUCAUACAGUGAUGAAUCCCUGUUCAAAACACCUACAGUGCAGGAAAGUGCACCAAAGCGCAAGACCAGCUCUAGCAAGCGCAAGCAAGCCUUCCGCUUGCUGUGUCAAUGAGACUAGUUUCAAAUGCGCAUGCGGAUCCCCAGGAAAAUCGCAUGGCAAGAUAUCCAUUGAACGUUGUUAUGUAAACCAAGUUGCGAUUUUCCACCAUGUGCGGGGAGGAUUCAUGCAUUCGCUCACGCGUGCACACGUAUGUAUAGAAAGGAGAGUAAGAUAGUUCGGGAGAUGGUGAGAAUGAGGUGGGAAGAUGGUGACCUACUUAAAAACUGAAAUAUUUAUCAAUUUAAAUUUGUUUCAUCCAUUUUGAUUAGAGAUAGAUAUUGGAGGUUUUAUGUUUCUUUUCAGUAUUACAUUGGCUUGUCUCAUGAUGGCUUGCCAUAUUUUCUACCACAGUAAUAACUGUAUUUUUCCCACACAAGUACGUGCAAAGUACAAUUAUAUGAAUGGUUUAACAAAUCAGUUACAGUAUGUCAUAGGAAGUAUGUAAAAUAAUUGCGCUUAUCUUUAAGAAGUCACGCUCACAUUGCUACUUAUUAUAAAGUAUUCUUAUUUAUUAGACUUUAAAAUUUGUAUAAAAAUAUCACAAACGUUUAAGAAGCGCAUUUUCUAGCGAAAUGCAUGCUAGAUAUUAAAGCAAUACGUGUGGAACAAAGUGUUCUGUACUGUAAUAGCUCUUAAUGAGAAUCAUACUUUACCCGCGAACACACACACAAACGUGUGCACAAUACAUUGAUUGUAUAACUAAUUAUCUAAAGCUGUGUAUCAUAAUAAUAAACUUAUAAAGGAUA